UAAUAAAACAUCUACAGUGCCUUAUUUGAUUAGGUACCUAAUUAAGUUGUUCACGUCGCUAUAACAUGCCUUACCAGUAGAUAGCUUUAUGUCUAAAACAUUUUAUAUCAAUCUCUCUUUGCGCACAAGGGGGCUAGUGUAGAGCUAUAGAAUCUUACAGGGAUCAGCCGUAGGUAUUCUCUCGGCGGCGGACAAUGAUAGCUACUAGUGGAAUACCGAUAUAGGAAAAUAAUACACGUUUCGGUGACGGUGAUCAAAUACGCGAACAUCCGAACCUAAACGAAAAUAUAAUAUUAUCUCGUACAUUGGCCGACGACGUGACUGUAUUAUUUUAUGUUUGCAGCUUUGACGUAAGAGGCAUGCCGUUGGAUCAAGCACACCAUUAUUCAGCGCCAGAUGUGUUUGGAAACCGUGCCUCAUUCCGGACAGUUACAGAUCCGGCAUGUCUAUUCGUGGACGAGGUGCACCGGAACGACGAGGGCGUGUACAGAUGUCGUGUGGAUUUCCGAAAUUCCGCCACCAAGAGUUUCCGGUACAACUUGUCCGUUAUCGUUCCGCCAAAUGAUCCGGAGGUGUUUGACAGGUUGGGAAGGCGGUUGAACAUGACGGUCGGUCCACUCGACGAGGGCGACGGCAUUGCUCUCAUUUGUCGCGUCAUGGGCGGAAAUCCUCCACCGGUAGUCGUGUGGCUAAAAAACGACCAAGUGGUGGAUGAUGAGUGCGAACACAACUCAAUGAACGCGAUCGAAAACAGGCUGCACUGGCCGUCUGUCAGUCGCCACGACUUCGGCUCGGUGUUCACGUGCCAAGCGUCAAACACAAAGCUAAUGGAUCCCCGACAAGCCUCAGUCGUGUUGGAUCUUAGACUUCCACCGCUAACAGUAACAUUCUCUGCCAUGGAUGAAGUUUUGGUGGCUGACCGAAGAUACGACGUCCAGUGCCAUUCUGCUGGAUCCAGACCACCAGCGUCCAUUACUUGGUAUAGAAAUGAUAAGAAGCUACCGAAAAUGAAGCAAGACGAUGUCAAAGAGAAUGUUACAUCCAGUGAGAUGACGUUUGUGCCCACGACUGACGAUAACGGAAAGUCGAUAACCUGUAGAGCGGAAAAUCCUCAAGUACCUAAAAUGGCUCUUGAAGACAAUUUUAUAUUGAAAGUCGUCUUCGCUCCGAUCGUUUCGCUACGCCUCGGAAACUCGAUCGACCCGAAUGGCAUCAAAGAGGGAGACGACGUGUACUUUGAUUGUCACGUGAAAGCCAACCCACCGUCGACGAAGCUCACUUGGUAUCACAACGGUCUUACGUUGAACUUGAACUCGUCGGCUAGAACAAUGAAAAGCGACAACAACUUGGUUUUGCAGAGAGUGACCAGAAACGUUGCUGGCAGAUACGCUUGUCGAGCAACCAAUUCCGAAGGAGAAUCGUUCAGCAACGAACUCAGCCUACGAAUUAAAUAUGCACCGGGCUGCAGAACGGACCGGGUGAUGGUGAUCGGCGCGUCCAGAGGCGAGAGCAUGGACGUGCCUUGCGAGGUGGACGCUGACCCUCCAGCCAAGGGAUUUCGGUGGAAGUUCAACAACUCGGGAGAGACGAUCGAGAUCGGACCAGAACGGUACAUAUCCAAUGGCACGGCCAGCGUGCUCAGGUACACACCUGUCGCCGACCUAGACUACGGCACGCUGUCGUGUUGGGCAAUGAACGGGGUUGGCCACCAGUCCGUGCCCUGCCUAUUUCAAAUGGUCGCCGCCGGUAAACCGCAGUCGGUGCACAACUGCACGGUCCGGAACAACACCAACGGCGCGGUUGACGUGCAGUGCGAACCGGGCUACGACGGUGGCCUGCAGCAGGUGUUCGUGCUGGAGGUGUUCGCCGAGAACUUGGACAGCCAGGUGGACGGCGAGGCGCUAUACCGGAACAUGACGGACCGGACGUCACCGCGCUUUUCGCUGGGCAAGGUCGCGCUGGGCGUGCUGUACACGGCGCGCAUGUACGCGGUAAACGCCAAGGGCAAGUCCACCGCCGUCACACUGCCCAGAUUUUCGUUUCCCAGCUCCGAGAACCAGAUGGGAUUUGGCGUAGAAGUGUUAAAAGUGUCACCGAUGCUGAUAACGAUAGUGAGCGUUGGCCUGUUGCUCAUCGUAUUGGCAACUAUCGUCGUUAUAAAACUGAAGACGGCGAACAGUAGAAAACGCAACACACGGCAACCGACCGGUGGCGACAAACAAGUAAUUGUCCACCAGAGGAGUAACGGACAAAUAGCCUCGUCCAUCCUAGAAACGGACACCGAUCCUGACCUGAUUCAAGUGAAAUACGAUCCAUCGGACGCGCCCAAACUGCGCAACGGUGGCGUACAGUUUCCUGACGACUCACACGACCCGUCUGUGGCCGGGUGGUUAGCCACGAAUGCGGCCGCCGCUGCCGCCGCGCAGACGUCACAGCCACCGUUGUCUUCGUCUUCGUCGUCGUCGACGGGUACGCUGCGCAGAGGAACCGGGACGGUGACCAACGACCGCCAACCGGCGCCGGGUGACGCCGCUCGUCGCUGGAACGACGUGUCGCCCAAACCGUUUAGCUACACGCACCACCACCACCACCAGCAGCAGCAGUCACCGCCACCACCUCCGCACCACGUCCGCGUCCGACCGGAACCGAUCGAACUCAACGGGGCGGAAAUCAAAGAGAAGCUGAUGAUGUCCAGCGGUCACAUACCCGAGAGUUGCGUGUAAACGCAUAUUUCCCUGCAGCGUAUUGUAUAUAAAAAUAUCUUUGUCGUAUAAUAAUAUUAUUGUUGUAAAUCCGAUUUAAGUAAGAACGGGGGAAAAAAACUGAUUUUUAGACCAGCGUGGGUCUGUGUAAACUUCUCGCGACUCCCCGGACUUUUACCCUUUACGUGUAUAUUAAUAAUAAUAAUAAUAAUAAUAAUAAUAUAUAAAUCUUAAAACUUUCCAAGUCGUGUAUUAGACCGAUUUAUCGCUUCCAAUCCUACGAUAAAUAUAUUAAUAUUAUUAUGUAGGUACAUUUUUUUAAUAAUAACGAUACUGAUAAUAAAAAUAAUAAUUAUGAUAAAAAUAAUAAUAAUAAUAAUAAUGAUAAUAUUAUAAUAUAGCUGUAUUGAUCUAGUGUAAAUUAAUGUUGUAUAGAUUUCGGAGCACCGUAGUCGAGUUUGUGUAUUAUUAUAAAAUAUAUAUAAUAUAAUUGUGUUAAGAUUAAAAAAGGUCGUCGACGACCACUGACCCACGCCUAUAAGUUAAAAUAGUAAACAUGUUGUUUAAGAAUUUAUUAUUAUAGAUAGCUUCGUCCCAGCAUGAAAUUUGAGCGUCCCGCGCUCAUUUAAAUAAUAAUAUUUCGUACUUCUGUUCCUCGUCGUUGUUUUUGCUAAUAUUGUAAUAAUAAUAUAAUAUAACCAAACAUAUUAUAAAAUUAGGUCGAAUUCUACAUAUUAUUACUAUUCUUAAUAAAUAAUUUAAAACAAAAAAAAACUUUGAUUUAGUGUAAUCCUGUUUUGUAUGAAUAUAACAAAAUGUGUACCUACAUUUAAACGUUACCUUUUAUCCUACUGUGUUAUGAUAAGUACUCGUAUAAUAUUAUUAUGUAAUAACUAUAAUUUUAUGAUCGUUGUUGUUUUGUUUUUAAAAAAAUAAAACGUUUGUCAAAUACUUUCGUCGAGUUAUGUUUCAUGUCGACCAUGUCCACAAGUAGCAAUGCUAUGUGGUGUAUUAUACCUGUAUCAUCGACGCAUGCAAUUCCACACUGUCUGUGACAUUUUACCGCGAG